ACGACGAUGAACAUAUGGAAUUCUGUAGAGUAUGCAAGGAUGGUGGAGAAUUAUUAUGCUGUGACAGUUGUACGAGUGCGUAUCACACGCAUUGUCUAAAUCCUCCUCUAUCAGAAAUUCCUGAUGGCGAUUGGAAAUGUCCUAGAUGUUCUUGCCCACCAUUAAGAGGAAGAGUGGCUAAGGGUGCCGUCCCAUUAAACACGGAUCGGAAUGACGGAUCGGAAUCUGCUAGGAAAUUCUUGAUCCUGCUGUUUCUUCUGUUUGGAACAUUAAAUUUCCUCAUUUCCGGACGGAUCGGGCGGGUGUUUCUGUCCGCUCAAAUUUUAUAACGCCAUUGUGUUGGAAGAACAUUACAGGAUAUUUUGUUUUAUUCCG